ACCCGGGUGACAUCCCGGCUCGCCUCGCCGCGAGCCCCAGGCCGAGUCUCUGAUUCCGGAGAGGGGAGGCCACUGCGCCCUGGCUGGAGGAAACUGGGGCUCCUGCCGCGGUCCUUUCGCGCGUGAGGACUGAUCUCAGGCUAAGAAAUGGCGUUUCAAAAGGCAGUGAAAGGGACUGUUCUUGUUGGAGGGGGUGCCUUGGCCACAAUCUUAGGACUGUCUCAGUUUGCUCAUUACAGAAGGAAACAAGUGAACCUGGCCUAUGUGGAAGCUGCAGAGUAUGUAACAGAACUUGUUAACAGAGAGCCUCCCUCCAGAGAAGCUCAGCUCCUGACUUUAAAGAACACAUCUGAAUUUGACAUCCUGGUUAUCGGAGGAGGAGCAACUGGAAGUGGCUGUGCACUAGAUGCUGUCACCAGAGGACUAAAAACAGCCCUUGUAGAAAGAGAUGAUUUCUCAUCAGGGACCAGCAGCCGAAGCACUAAAUUGAUCCAUGGUGGUGUGAGAUAUCUUCAGAAGGCCAUCAUGAACUUGGAUAUGGAGCAGUAUAGGAUGGUAAAAGAAGCCCUUCACGAGCGUGCCAACCUGCUAGAAAUUGCUCCUCAUUUAUCAGCCCCAUUGCCUAUAAUGCUUCCAGUUUACAAGUGGUGGCAGUUACCUUACUACUGGGUAGGAAUCAAGAUGUAUGAUCUGGUUGCAGGAAGCAAUUGCCUGAAAAGCAGUUAUGUUCUCAGCAAAUCGAAAGCCCUUGAGCAUUUCCCUAUGCUCCAGAAGGACAAACUAGUAGGAGCAAUUGUCUAUUACGAUGGACAGCACAACGAUGCACGGAUGAACCUUGCCAUUGCUCUCACUGCUGCCAGGUACGGGGCUGCCACAGCCAAUUACAUGGAGGUCGUGCGCUUGCUCAAGAAGACAGACCCCCAAACAGGCAAGGAGCGCGUGAGCGGGGCACGGUGCAAGGAUGUCCUCACAGGGCAAGAAUUCGAUGUGAGAGCCAAAUGUGUUAUCAAUGCUACGGGACCUUUCACAGAUUCUGUGCGCAAAAUGGAUGAUAAAGACUCGCCAGCUAUCUGUCAGGCGAGUGCUGGCGUCCACAUUGUCAUGCCUGGCUACUACAGCCCAGAGAGCAUGGGACUUCUAGAUCCAGCAACUAGUGAUGGGCGAGUUAUUUUCUUCUUACCCUGGCAAAAGAUGACCAUUGCUGGCACUACUGAUACCCCAACAGACAUCACACCCCAUCCUAUUCCUUCAGAAGAAGAUAUCAACUUCAUUCUGAAUGAAGUACGCAACUACCUGAGCUGUGAUGUCGAAGUGAGAAGAGGGGAUGUCCUGGCAGCCUGGAGCGGGAUCCGUCCCCUGGUUACAGAUCCCAAGUCUGCAGACACGCAGUCCAUCUCCAGAAACCAUGUUGUGGACAUCAGUGAGAGUGGCCUCAUCACCAUAGCAGGUGGGAAGUGGACAACGUACCGGUCCAUGGCAGAAGACACUAUCAAUGCUGCAAUCAAGGUUCACAAUUUGAAAGCAGGGCCAAGCAGGACAGUUGGUCUUUUCCUACAAGGGGGCAAAGAUUGGAGCCCUACCCUCUACAUUAGGCUUGUCCAGGAUUACGGACUUGAAAGUGAGGUGGCCCAGCAUCUCUCCACCACAUAUGGUGACAAAGCUUUUGAGGUGGCUAAAAUGGCAAGUGUAACUGGAAAAAGGUGGCCUAUUGUUGGUGUGCGGCUUGUGUCAGAAUUUCCAUACAUUGAAGCGGAGGUAAAAUAUGGGAUUAAGGAAUAUGCCUGCACUGCAGUGGAUAUGAUUUCACGUCGCACCCGCCUGGCCUUUCUCAAUGUCCAGGCUGCAGAGGAAGCCCUCCCCAGGAUUGUUGAACUGAUGGGCAGAGAACUGAAUUGGAGCGAUUCUAAAAAGCAGGAAGAACUUGAAACAGCCAAGAAGUUUUUAUAUUAUGAAAUGGGCUAUAAAUCUCGGUCUGAACAAUUAACAGAUCGCUCUGAAAUUUGCCUCCUGCCUUCAGACAUUGACAGGUACAAGAAGAGAUUUCAUAAGUUUGAUGCAGACCAAAAAGGCUUUAUUACCAUUGUUGAUGUUCAGCGUGUAUUAGAGAAUAUCAAUGUGCAAAUGGAUGAAAAUACACUACAUGAAAUUCUGAAUGAAGUAGAUUUGAACAAAAAUGGGCAGGUUGAACUCAAUGAAUUUUUGCAGCUGAUGAGUGCUAUUCAGAAGGGAAGAGUGUCUGGAAGCCGACUUGCUAUACUCAUGAAAACUGCAGAAGAAAACCUGGACCAAAGAGUUCCCAUUCCGGUGGACCGUAGUGGUGGAGGAUUUUAGAUCGAGAUAAAGGUGACUUUUCUCCUCCGUGAUUCUGAUACAGUAGGGAUGGGAUGUAGAGUUUGACUGGCUUGAGCAGUCUUGGGUCUGAAAAUCAGACCUUGUUUGUGCUUUGCUAUGAAUGAAGUUCCUGUAAAGACAAAGAAGAGUGCACUUUUCUGGAUUUGAGCAUAUCUGCUUUUGCCUAAGGCUGAAAUUCUAAGAUAUAUACUCCUUCACCAACCCCAGAAACUUUGGAAAUACACUGGUUUUUAAACCAUUACUGUGAAUAAGAGGACCCCAGCAUUUUCCUGUAUGUUCUUACUUAACCCUUUCUUACUUUUUUACCUGAUUUAAGCAAAUGGGGAAAGAAAUAUAGGAAUAAACCCCUUCAAAACCAAUAUUUUUUUCUUAUUUCUUUUCUCUAUUUUUUCUUUUCAUAUAAAUUAGUAUUGGUUGAUUCUGUUGACAACUAUGCUUAAGUGUCAGGGAUUGCUUUUUUUGUCAUUAAUGUUUUAAGAGCCUUUAAUGGGGAUUCAGGUGAAGGAACCUCAUCUAUGCUGGAGAGUUGGCUACUCCUUUAACUUGACUUCAUUCAUAACAUGGAUAAUGCUGGAUUAUUUGUAAGAGUGAGGUUGUCAGCCUCAUGUCCAUCCUGCUGCAACACAUUUGCUUCCAAUCAGUUUGUACUGAGUGUAAGUAGGAUUUCUACAAUUAAAUGCAUGCUUCUUAUUCUGCCUUAGUUUAUAAGUGGCUUGAUUUUGUCCUUUUCAAAAUAGGUAGCUUCUUUUUUUGUAAAAAAAAACCAAAAAUUUAUUCUGACUUUUACUAAAUAUACUAUAAGGGUCAUCACUGAUUUUCUUUCCCUUUUUUAUGCAUUUGUAAAGGAUUUUUGUCUCUGAAUGUAAACACAUAUGAAGUCAAUGACGCUGUAACUUGCACUAUUUGCAUUGUGUCAACGUUUUUAGGAAAUUAAAACAAGCCCUGCUUGUUUCAAAGAAUAUCAAGUAUAAACACAGUACUCAAUGCAUAUAUACACUGCAUGUUUUCAUACGUGGCACUUUUAUGUUUUGUAUUGGGUUAUUGUUCUAGAUUGGACUGUUAAAUACCAUAUUUGAGGCUGGGUUGUCAUUUUUAUAACUGUCUUGGUAUUUUAUUGCCAUUAUUUAUUACUUUUGAUAUACAGAAUGAGCUGCAUGCAUUUAUAGAGCAAUAAGACAAUGUAUUUAAUGUGCCUUGUUUUUAACUGAAUAAGAACUGAAAGCAUGAAUCAAUAAAACUGAUUAAAAUGGUC